AUGUAUUCCUUUGAGGGAGACUUCAGGCGAAAGCCUCAACAAAAUUUAGCAGGUGCCAGUGCUCAACGCAAAACUGACAGAGAUUCUUUAAUAUUGCAGUCACAACAACAAAGGCAAAAACGAGAGGAACAUAGAAGGCGCCUAAACAGUACAAUUAAAAUCCAAGCCUAUGUGCGGAGCUAUCUUACACGGAAACAUUGCAAACAAAAUACAAGGGAGCAAUUUGAUAACAUAUUUCCAAGAGCUAAUGCUGAUAACCAAAUUCUUGUGUCCUCACUCGUGGCCAAGAUAUUGUUCUUUUAUGAUGAUCAGAAAGAUUUUAAUAGAUUGGUGUCAAUAUCACAGCUGUUAUUGAAACAGUGGCAAAAAGUGUUCCAAAGUGGUGGUUCAUCAAUUCAGAUAAGAAGAUUACUAGCACUACACCUUCGUUUGCUGAAAGAUGGUUCUGAGGUUCCAAUGGCAGUCCCAUUAAGAAUGCUAGAGGUUUUCACUUCUAUGCAAUCUGCAGUAUCUUCUAUGAGUUAUGAAGAAGCUGUUAAUAUUAUUGGUGGCACAUUUUUGUACUUGAUUAAAAGAGGCUAUUUCAAAGAUCUGCGCAAUCUAAUGUGUCAACGGACACCACCCCUCUAUGGAACGUCGCCAAAUCCACCUACUCCACUUUGCGGUGCAUUACUGGAUCUAAUCCAGAGGCCGAUUAAUCUGACAAUGCAAGUCAAUACAUCAGAGUAUGAAGAUACAGUUAUGACUGAAUUCACAUCAGCCUUCCUGUGUAACCCAUACCCAGAACCUGUGGAAAUGUAUAUACUACCAGCAUUAACACAUGAUCCCAAUCGGACGUUCCCCUUCCCAGCUUUAUUACGAUGUAUGCAGGAUGAAAGUAAAUUCGCUAGUGGAAAGUUAAGCAGUGACUCAUGGUUACUAUAUUCUGUACUGACGUUAGAACCUUCUGGCUUUGCAAACGAAAUACGCAAAUCUGAAAAUACGCGGUUGCCAAGCAACCCAAUUGUCUUGGAAUACUUGAAAGUACUGGCUAGACUCACUGAAAACGUCUGCAAUAAACAGAUAACGUAUGAAUAUGAAGAUUCGCUGUGCAGUCAAGAGACGGCGGCUGAUAAAGAUGACGAUAGCGACAGCGAAGUGGAGCCCAACCCGACAUCUGUAAGGGAGCAGACUCUUCUCACCAAAUGCAUAGAAAUGUUGAAUGAACCAGACAGAUGCGUGAUGAUGACGUGUUCGCAGAUCGGUGAGAAUGAUCUUAGUGAUGAGUUCCUGGAGUGUAUAUCGAAGAUAUGCCAUAAUUUGCUCUUAAGUCACAAGAUGGCGCUGCAUAAAUAUAGGCUGCUAUACACGCUGGCAUUCAAGCCGACGUUCGUGCGCGGCGUGUGGCGCUGGCUGAGCGGGCUGAGCCAGGCGUCGGCGUGCGGCGGCGCGGGCACGCCGCUGUUGGCGCUGCUGGCGCGCGGCGUGCCCGGCGCCGCGCUCGACCGCCUGCUGGCGCCGCUCGCGCUCUUCUGCGCGCUCUUCACGCUGCUCAUCGGCACGCUGCACGACACAGAGUUCUUCCGCGACACCGGCGACGACGACAGCUUCAGCUUGAGCGUGGGCGGCGCUACGCCGGGCGCGCGCACGCACGCGUUCGAGUUCUCGGAGCUGGGCGGGCUGUGCCGCGCGCUGCGUGCGCUGUGCCUGGGCCUGCUGGAGCUGGCUGUGCCCGACUGCCGGCCCGCGCGCACGCACUACGCGCACGCGCACCACACGCAGCCAGCCAACGCGCCCGCGUGGACCCAUCUUUUUAAGGUGAUGACGCAACUGCUACGCGCGCUGUACGCGCGCGACGAGCGGCUGCAGUUCAGCGCGGGUGCGGGCGCGGGUGCGGCGUGGGCGGGCGAGCACGACGACGACGCGGCCGAGGUGGCGGCGCUGGUCGCGUAUGCGCGCGCGCGCUCGCGCCACAACGCGCCGCUCGUGGACGCCGCGCGCGCCGCCAGCACCGAAGAGGGACCUCCAUUAACGAUCAAGGAAUUACGAAUGCUCACUAUAUUGAAAGAGAUUCCUUUCGUCAUGUCUUUUUCAACGCGGGUAUUGAUACUCCAGGCGUUACUUCUUAGAGAAAAGAGUGCCCAUUUGUACGAGCUGUCAAAUUUUAAUGAAGGCCCAACGAUAAACAUCAAUGUUCGUCGGACGCAUUUAUAUGAAGAUGCUUUCGAAAAGCUAAGCCCUGAUAAUGAACCUAACCUAAAAUUAACGAUGAGAGUGCAAUUUAUAAAUCAAGUUGGCGCGGAUGAAGCGGGCGUCGAUGGCGGUGGAGUUUUUAGAGAAUUCCUAUCAGAACUCCUCAAGUCCGCGUUCGAUCCCAAUCGAGGGCUGUUUCGCUUAACAAAGGAUAACAUGCUGUAUCCCAACCCAGGCGUGCACUUGCUGUAUGAUGAUUUCCCCAUGCAUUAUUAUUUCGUUGGAAGAAUGUUAGGAAAGGCCCUGUACGAGAGCCUGCUAGUGGAGCUGCCGCUGGCGGAGUUCUUCCUGAGCAAGCUGUGCUCGUCGCGCGAGGCGGACGUGCACGCGCUGGCGUCGCUGGACCCCGCGCUGUACCGCGGCCUGCUGCUGCUGCGAGCGCACCGCCGCCAGGACGUGCCCGACCUCGGCCUCGACUUCACGCUGCUCAGCGACGAGCUCGGCGAGCAAAAGAUAGAGGAACUGAAGCCAGGUGGUGCAAACAUUCCCGUUACAGCAGAAAACAGAAUAGAGUAUAUUCACCUCGUUGCUGAUUAUAAACUUAACAGACAAAUAAGGUCCCAGUGCAAUGCAUUUAAGCGUGGAUUGACCUCUGUGGUGAACGCCGAAUGGCUGCGCAUGUUCUCGUGCAGAGAAUUACAGUUGCUAAUAUCGGGUGCCGAGGUUCCCAUCGAUUUAGAGGACUUAAAGCGGAAUACGCAUUAUGCAGGUGGUUUCUCGCCAACGCAUCCGACGGUACAGUGUUUCUGGAAAGUGGUCGAAAAUUUUACGGACGAUCAGAGGCGGCAGCUCUUGAAGUUCGUCACGAGUUGCUCCAGACCGCCCCUGUUGGGUUUUAAGGACCUUAUCCCGUCUUUCUGCAUCCAAUCUGCGGGCUCCACGGAUCGGCUGCCCACUUCCUCCACUUGCAUGAACCUACUGAAGUUGCCAGAGUUCCCCUCUGAAGAAGUCCUCGCAGAAAAGUUGCUCUAUGCGAUACAGGCCGGUGCCGGAUUUGAACUUAGUUAA